AUUUAAAGCUGCACAAAUAAGUAUAUCAAAUAUCAAUACCAGUCAGAGUGAACUUCAUUUACUGUCAGUUACCUAUGAAAACUGGCGGAUGGACAGCAGUCACUUUGCAGUGAAGCGAAAUCGUGACACUAAGUAAUAAUAACAUGCAAGGGACUAUGAUUUCAACGCCGCAUUGAAUUUUAUGAGGUGACUCAAGACAUUGAUAAUCCUGAGCAAGACAUUCAUGUAACAGCAUAGAAGCUAAAAAGAGGAGAUGGCUUCUCAUUCGUCAUCUAGUAAUCCAGACAAAGAAGAUAGCUAUGAAGCAACUGCGGAGGAAAAGCUUGCUGCAGUUGAUUAUGAACUGCAAGAAAUUGAAGCUAAAAUUCAAAGCUUACAGGAGAGAAAAAAUGCAUUGGUGAAAAUGAAAGAAAAACUGAAGGAUGAAAUGCUUUUGAGGAAAAGCGAGCAGGCAGCAAGUCGUAAAUGGGAUACAAAAGAAUUUCCAUGGUCAAAACAGCUUGAUGAAGCACUGCACAAGGUUUUUGGCCUGACAGACUACCGUUCAUUACAGUUGUCUACUAUUAAUGCUGUUUUGUCAAAGGAAGAUGUAAUAUUAGUUAUGCCUACUGGAGGAGGAAAGAGUCUAUGUUACCAGUUGCCAGGUGUAGUUUCUAAAGGUGUUACUCUUGUAGUUUCACCACUAAUUGCUCUGAUGGAAGACCAGAUAAUGGCAUUAAAGGCUCUGAAAGUGGGAGCAGAGAUGUUAACUGCUACAGCUACAAAAGCAGAUGUUAACUCUAUACAGGCAGCUAUGCUGGACCAUAAGGCUUCAUUAAAACUGUUGUAUGUUACCCCAGAGAAGCUAGCUAAGAGCAAACGGUUUAUGGCAAAGCUGCAGAAAAUGUAUUCAAUGGGAAGACUGUCACUUCUUGCUAUUGAUGAAGUACAUUGCUGUUCCCAGUGGGGCCAUGACUUUAGGCCAGAUUAUAAAUUCUUAGGAGUGAUGAAGGCGAUGUUUCCUGAUGUUCCUAUUUUGGGGCUAACAGCUACAGCAACUGCAAAAGUGAUUACAGAUGUCCAGAAAAUGCUCAAUAUUCAAGGGUGCCUUGUCUUGAGAGCUUCAUUUAAUAGACCUAAUUUGUAUUAUGAGGUACGCCCAAAGCCAAACAGUCAAGCUGAUUGUGUCGCAGAACUCGUAGACCUCUUGAAGCACAGAUUUGCUGGCAAGUCUGGCAUCAUCUACACAACAUCCAUUAAGGAUUGUGGCGAUCUAAUGGACGAGCUGCGCAGCAAAGGAUUGGCUGUAGGCAUGUACCAUGCUAACCUGGAUGCUCAGUUACGAAGCCGCUGCCAUGCCAAGUGGCUUAAUGGUGAAUAUCAGGCAGUUGUGGCAACAAUAGCAUUUGGACUCGGAAUUGACAAACCAGAUGUACGAUUUGUAAUUCACCAUGCCUUAUCAAAGUCCAUGGAAAAUUUUUAUCAGGAAAGCGGUCGUGCAGGGCGUGAUGGGAAACCUUCAGACUGCAUUCUCUUCUAUAGGUUUGCUGACAUUUUCCGUUUAAGUACCAUGGUAUUUUCUCAGCAGACUGGUCUGGAGAAUCUUUACAGUAUUGUAGAUUACUGUCUUGAUACAAAGCGGUGUCGACGGUCAGUCAUAGCAUCACACUUCGAUGAGACAUGGCAACCAGAACAUUGCAGGGCUAUGUGUGAUCACUGCAGAUCUCCACGGGAAUCUAAGGAGAUUGAUAUCACAAAAUAUUGCAGACAGCUGUAUCAAAUAUUGCAAAAUGCUGCUAAGGGUGAUGUUAAACUGACAGGUCAAAUGUUGAUCGAUGCCUGGCUGGGUAAAGGAAAAGCCAACCUCAGGGUGAGUGGUGUUCCUGUACCACAGUUCAGCCGUGAGAAUUGUGAGGCAGUGGUGGCAUAUUUAUUGAUCCAAGGGUUCCUGCAAGAAGAUUUUCAUUUCACCCCAUAUUCAACUCUUAGUUACAUCAAAAGAGGGCCGAGGGCAGCAAGUGUGUUGGCGAACAGCUACUGUAUAAAGAUGGCCGUCCCUGGCAAGAAGCUCCCAAUGCCAGCCGUGGUGAAACCUGUACUUGUGUCAUCUGGUGCAGCUGAGAGAGAACCAGGAGCAUACAAAGAGAAGUGUACAAAUAAUAAGACUACAAUUGUGAUAAGUCCUGAUAGGGAAACGGAUGUGAAAAAGGAAAAAAUGAAACAGGGUGGUGGGCACUCGGACUGUGGCUCGAAGUUGAAUGGUGGUCCGAGUGCUUCCUCUGCAAAGAAACGUAAGAGUGAUCAUGAAACAUUGUCCAACAAAAAACACAAAUCAGAAUCAAAAUCUGAUGUGCUUAGUAGUUCUUCUAAUCAUAUUACCAAGAAAUCAGAUUUCAUACCUACAAGCAGUGUUGAAACUGUGACGUUAGAGGACUCUGAUAGUGAAGAGGCACCUGUUUUGAAGAGCACAUCAUUUUCGGCCAAGAAGCACAAGAAAUAUAUAAGUUCAGGUAGCAGUGAUGAGGACUUGGAAUGUGGUUGAAAUAUGACCAAAUGAGACUGUAAUAUGGCUAUUUUUGUUACAAAUGUAUUGUGUAAAAUACUCAAAUAUUAAUAUCCAUUGCAUUUUUCUAAAAGUAA